AUGCAGCCUCUCUCUUUUGAUCCCUUCUUCCGUCCCUUCUUGAGGGUCGUCUUCGACAUCCCGGCCGUUUCAGUCCGGCAGUCUCUGCGCCGUCCUUGCUCCUUACCGCGUUCAUUUCGCGUUUCCUACUCUAGCUCCAUCGCCACCCCGACCCGUUGGCCGCCACGUCGCGAGUUCUCUAUCAUGGCGCAUCCUCCUAGCGACUUUUUUGAAUAUACGUCAGGGCGGUGGAUCUUCAAUGAUGACCUUCGCCACGCAGAGCGCAGACGUGUCUUCAAGGUCGGUGAGCUACGUCGACUUGCAGCAGAGGCCGUCAAUCGGAGUCCUGAUGCUAUUAUCCGUAUGGAAAAACUAGCCGAGGGUGGGUUUAACCGCACCUUCCUCAUUACCAUGCGCUGUGGCUUCCGAAUGGUGGCGCGUAUCCCGUACCCGGCUACGAUUCCCAAGUACUUUGCUGUCGCCAGUGAAGUGGCUACUAUGACCUUCCUCCGUUCCUUUGGGCUGCCUAUACCUGAGGUAUACGGAUACUCACCUACGCCAAACAACGCGGCAGGGACCGAGUAUAUCUUCAUGGAAUUCGUACAAGGCACCAAUUUAAGCGACAUGUGGUUUGAUAUGGAGGAAGGGGAAAUCAUUUCAAUCUCACGCCAACUUGCUGAACUCGAGUCGAAGAUGAUGUCGAUUGCUUUCCCGGCUGGCGGAAGCCUUUACUAUGCCGAAGACUUGAAGAAUGCAGCUGGGAGAGCCUCUUGGCCUACUAGCCCGGGCAUCACACUAGAGAACAAGCGUUUCUGCGUCGGCCCAGAGACAAGUCUGCGUCUAUGGUAUGGCAGGAGAUCACAGCUCGACUUAGAUCGAGGACCAUAUGAAAGUGCCGAAGCAGCCCUCGUAAGAGGGGCCGAAAAGGAACUAGCUUAUUUACGGCGGUUCGGUCGACCGCUGUUGCCGUUCCAGCGCGUAAGGAGGGAGGCUUACAAGUACCAGGAGCAGCCGCCGUCAGAUCACAUCGAGAACUUGGACCGCCAUCUCCUCAUCGCGUCCUCACUCAUCCCCAGGAACCCGGCCCUCUAUCAUUUCCGCAUCCGCCAUCCUGACCUUCAGCCGAGCAAUAUCAUCGUUUCUAGGUCGCCUGACUCUAACUUGCACGUCGUCGGCCUGAUCGACUGGCAACACACCCCGAUCCUACCCUUGUUUCUCCUUACCGGUAUACCCCAACAGCUACAGAACUACGAUGAUAUUGGCUCGCAAUCCAUGACGCGGCCGUCGCUACCGGAGAAGUUGGAUGAAUUAGAUGAAACCCAGCAAAGCGGAGAGAUGGAACUCUACCGUCGCCGCCUCGUCCAUUACCACUACGUCAAAAACACAGAGAAGUACAACGAGCUUCAUUACGCGGCGUUAACGGACCCCAUGGGCGUGCUCCGCCGCCGUCUCUUCUGCCACACCAGUGACCCUUGGGAGGGCGAAACUCUCGCGCUGAAGGUUGCGCUGAUACAAGCAACAGAGAACUGGAAGACGCUCACGGGGGGAGGUUCGCCGUGUCCUGUCGUGUUCGACCCCGAUGACGUACGGGAGACGAUGAAGCUGGAUGCAGAACAGAGAGAAGCGGAUGAGUCUCUAGAGGGGUGCCGGGUCAUGAUCGGCUUCGGGCCGGAGGGCUGGAUGCCCGCCGAGCACUACGAAGAGGCCAUGGCACUCAGCAAGAAGCUGAAGGAGGAUGGAUUGGCGGCGGCCGAGUCGGAGGAGGAACGGGCUCAAAUCGCGGCGCACUGGCCCUUGGACGACAUGGACGAAGAGGAAUACAUGUAA